UUAAUCCUAUCUUUAAUUGAUUCUCUGAGUUUAAUUAAUAAUUAAUUGAAAGUGAGAAAAAAGCUGAAUUGGUAAUCAUGGAUGAAGAGUACGAUGUAAUUGUUCUUGGUACUGGCCUUAAGGAAUGCAUUCUCAGUGGUCUUCUUUCCGUUGAUGGCCUUAAAGUCUUACAUAUGGACAGGAAUGACUAUUAUGGAGGAGCUUCAACUUCUCUCAAUCUCAAUCAGCUUUGGAAGCGCUUUAGGGGUGAUGACAAGCCUCCGGAAAGCUUAGGUCCAAGCAAAGAGUACAAUGUUGACAUGAUACCUAAGUUCAUGAUGGCGAAUGAAGUUUUGGUUCGUAUACUCAUCCACACCGAUGUUACUAAAUAUCUUAAUUUUAAGGCAGUGGAUGGUAGCUUUGUGUACAAUAAGGGCAAGAUUUACAAGGUGCCUGCUACAGAUGUUGAGGCUCUGAAAUCUCCUUUGAUGGGGCUUUUCGAGAAAAGGCGUGCUAGAAAGUUCUUCAUUUAUGUGCAAGAUUAUGAAGAUAAUGAUCCUAAGUCUCACGAAGGGUUGGACUUGACCAAGAUUACUGCAAGAGAUCUUAUUUCAAAAUAUGGCUUAGAGGAUGAUACAAUUGAUUUCAUUGGUCAUGCCUUGGCACUUUAUCUGGAUGAUAGUUACUUGGAUCAACCUGCCAUAGAUUUCGUGAAGAGAAUGAAGUUAUAUGCAGAGUCUUUGGCUCGAUUUCAAGGAGGAUCUCCUUACAUUUAUCCACUGUAUGGACUUGGAGAAUUGCCUCAGGGAUUUGCGCGUUUGAGCGCAGUUUAUGGUGGAACCUACAUGCUCAACAAGCCAGAUUGUUCGGUAGUCUUUGAUGAUAGUGGGAAAGCUAUUGGAGUUUCCUCUGAAGGAGAAACUGCUAAAUGCAAGAAAGUUGUUUGUGAUCCAUCAUAUCUACCUGAUAAGGUCCGUAAGGUUGGAACAGUAACGCGUGCUAUAUGUAUAAUGAGUCACCCAAUUCCAGAAACCAAAGAUUCACACUCAGUGCAGGUGAUCCUACCACAGAAGCAACUUGGUCGAAAAUCAGACAUGUAUGUAUUCUGUUGCUCCUACACUCACAAUGUUGCUGCUAAUGGGAAACACAUUGCAUUUGUUACAACUGAAGCGGAGACUGAUAACCCAGAGGCUGAGCUAAAGCCUGGCAUCGAUCUUCUUGGACCGGUAGAUGAGAUAUUCUUCGAUACAUAUGACAGAUAUGAGCCUACAAACCAGCCGGAAUCUGAUAGCUGCUUCAUAUCUACUAGUUAUGAUGCAACAACACACUUCGAGUCUACUGUGAAGGAUGUGAUCGCGCUGUACAGCAAAAUUACUGGAAAGGAACUUGACCUCACUGUGGACCUCAAUGCUGCAAGUGCUACUCCUGAAGAAUGAGUGUUUUCUCAAGUAAUAUUGGCUAUUUGUGGUGUUUAAAAGCUAGCAUAAAGUACUCAAAGAUGGCUUUGCCUACCAUUUUUUUUCAGUUGUCCUUCCUCCUUUUGCUAGAUAAAGUGUGUUAAUUUUUUUUUUGAUGUAUCUGUAUAAAACUUAAGCUUUGCUAAAUUAAUGUACUGCAACUUUAUUAUGUACUACAUUUUUGUAAGCAUAAAUUAGAUCAUACAAGCGAGUGCAUGAUAUGCAUCCCAUUCACUAAAGAGCAUAUCAUUCAAAAUAAAGUAACACUUAUUUAGAAAUAGAAGAAAUACCACUACCUUAUCUUACGUGUUGUUUCAUGUUCUUUUGAUCAAAAUGUUAAUACA